GGGCGAUUGUAAUUUUUAUGCCGUCAUGUUGGUAUCGCGGCGUUAAGUUGGCAGCGCAAGCGAAUGGCGUCGAGAGUACAUUGUUGUCAUAUUUGUAGAAUUUUCUAAUGUUUUGAACGUUAUUUCUCGUUAUGUGAAAUAUUUUGCGUUCUGGCGAAAAGAAAAACCGUUCUCUAGGCCGUUUGUAAUACAGGCAAAGGAAAUCAUCCAACAAUGGAUCAAUCGGGAAACAGAGAAUUGCUUGAUCAUGUUGUAAUAAACGAUGUGGGACAAACAGCGUCCCAAUACAUAAUAAAUAACGAGUUACUGCAAACACAACAUGGUCUUGUAGUCGAUAUAUCUGGAAGUGAAUUCAUACCAGUUAACUACAGUUCAGAAGAUUUGUUAUCACAAGACCUAACAGAAGAAGAUCGCAACUUGGCUGCAGCUUUAGUGGCUGUGCAGCUGAAUCACCAGCAAAAACACCAACAACUGCAGGAUAACGUGGGCACGACGACCGCUCUACCCUCCAUUGUAGGGGGAAAAAUUCUGGACGAUCAGCAAAUCAUUUUGGAUAAAUCUGGCAAUAAUGGGUAUCUGCAUAUUGUGGGUUCCGAUAAUCUUUAUGUUGAAAAGCAGAAUUUGCCCAAGUUGGUGGAUAAUAGGAGUUUUACUUCUAAAGCAGGGGCUAGUACAGUUGUGCACAGUUUCACUGAGUCUUCUGGUAUAACUUUGUCUGUUAAAUCGGAGGAGGAAAAGAAGGAUUCUGACGGCGAAUCUGUAAGGAAUGAAAAUCGUUCAUCGAAGAAAUCUUUGCCGCACAAAAAGCGCAUAUCGCGUAAACUGAAGAAAAAUUGCGCGCCGAACAGCAAAAAGAUAACGUGCAAUUUGUGCGAGCAAUCGUUCACCUCCACCGACGAGUUUCACCAACACGAAAUUCUGUGCCAAACAACGAUCACUCCGGUGACACCCAUGAGUUUCAAUUGUCAGCUGUGCGAGACGCCUUUUACGGAUCAGUUGAGAUUCUUCGAGCAUCUGAAACGGCACUACGAGCCGCCCUCCGCCGGCGGCCUCGGCGGCGCCGGCAAAGAGCCGCCGCACCCGAAAAGGGAGAAGGCCGAGAAAAAACCGCCGCCGCCGUCGCCGGAACCCAAGGCUCAGAGAAACCGCCGCUCGGCGUCGCCGCCCGCGUCUCCUCCCCCGGCGUCGGAGCGCUCGCCGUCGGUCGACAAGAAGGAGCCGGAAAGCUUGCUGAGCAGUUUGCUGUGCCUGACCUGCAUGGAGUGCAACAAGACGUUCAGGAGGCAGAAAACUUUCGAGCAGCACAUGCGCGAUGUGCACAGUCCCAAGGAGGAGUUGGUUAAUGACGAGUUCAGCGAGCCUGAAGACUUCAUGGAAGGGAUUAAUGUAGUGGUGGACAACGACCCAUCAUCAGAUUUUGACGACGAGGGAGACGAAGAUUCCAAGGCCUGGUAUCGCGAAGAAGAACUUCACCAAACCGAAGAAGAUCUUAAGGAAAUGGAAGAAACCAACGGACACAUCUGCCACUUGUGCAAGCAACCUUUCCCGUUAAGAGCAAUCUUGCUACAGCACUUGGUCACUUGUAGAGUAAUAAACCAUGACCUGGAUGUAAAUCAGAUGGAGCAUUUGCCUAAAAAAAGGUCCAAUAAGAAGAAAGGAACGUUUUCUGGAAUAGAGGUGGAGCCCGACCUUCCGGCCAGCAGCCCCAAGAAGAAGCCGAUAAAAAAGAAGGGCAACCUGCAGUGCACGGAGUGCGACCGCACGUUCGUGCACCGCAACUCGCUGGUCUACCACAUGCGCAGUCACACGGGCAUCAGGCCGCACCAGUGCGAUCAGUGCGGCAAAAGCUUCUUCGCGUCUAGCGCGCUCAAGGUGCACCUGCGACUGCACAGCGGCGACAAGCCGUACACGUGCUCGGAGUGCGGCAAGAAGUUCAGGCAGUGGGGCGAUCUCAAGUACCACCUGACCAGCAUACACUCGAACGAGAAGAACUUCCAGUGCGAGUACUGCGGCAAGGAGUUCGCCAGGAAGUAUUCGCUCAUCGUCCAUAGGCGCAUUCACACCGGCGAGAAGAACUACAAAUGCGAGUUCUGCGGCAAAACGUUCCGCGCGUCGUCGUACCUGCAGAACCAUCGCCGCAUCCACACGGGCGAAAAGCCGCACUCGUGCGACAUCUGCAUGAAGCCGUUCCGCGUGCGCAGCGACAUGAAGCGUCACAUGAAGACGCACCAGAAACCCCAUCAGCCGCCGCACGCCGCCGCCAAAAUCACCGCCCAACAGAUACACAUGGCGGUGCAAGCGAAGGUCGAGCAGAGCGACGAGGACGACACGGCUGAGCUGCAAAUCGGCACGGAAGAGGACGAUCCGGCAACGCAGCAAAUUUUGGCCGAGUACGAAGCGGAUCCGCUAGAUGGCACGACGAGAGAGCUCGGCACUGUGCGCAUGGGCAACAGAAACUUAUAUAUUAAUGGAAACGAGCUGUUUUUGGUAACAUAUCCCAGUGAGAUGCAGCAUUAAAUUCAAUUAUUUUAUUUCUUAAGGACUUCUAAAAUUUAAUAUCUUAUAAGAAAUAGUUCAUAAUUUGAAUAGGUUUUCAUGUUAAAUUGUUAAGUUAUUUUUUGUACAUAUUUGUGCUUUUUAGGAGUCAUUUUGCGACUUCUAACUUUAGAUUUUUUAAUUUAGAUUUACCAGCUUAGCAUGAUAAUUUGAAUAAUUACGGCAUUUAGGACUAUUUCCUUGUUUUUAUCUCAUAUUCAUCGUCAUUCGCAAUGUGUGGUACCACAUUAUUUCAAUAAAAAGUAUAUUUUACGAA